AUGUGGGAUCUGAGCGAGAUGCCGCCGGGGUCGCGGGGCGCCUGGCGGGAGGAGAAACUGGCAGAGGAGCUGGAGCUUGCCCGGGAAAGGCGCCCUUUGCCAAAGCUUCCACUGAAUGGAGAAUUCAUUAUGGCCCCUGGUGCUGGGUUUGCAGCUUUUGACGGCAAUUACGAACCAGGAUGUGAGACAGCUUCAGAAAUCAAAUUUACCAGUUCAGGGGGUUACCAGUGGUAUGACCCCACACUGUGGCACGCCACGGUCUCCUUGGAAGAUCUGGAAAGGGGCAAGUAUAUGUUCUCUGUGGAUGAAGAGCGUGUCCCAUGCCAGUACGACGAUGUCCUCUUCCAGCCCGAAACAUCCUUCUGGGUGAAUAUCGAGUCGUCCGAGCAGAUAUGUCUCAGGAGCAUUUCCAUCAUGGGUCAGAAGUUCACCGACAAUGACACUCUGGCAGAAUAUAUGAAGAGCCGUUCCGCAAAGCUGCAGUUCCACGGGCAAGGGGCAUUCCGGCUGUCAAACGCCAGAUGUCCAGACAAAUCCGGCUGUGAAUGUGGAAACGCAGCUGACCGUCACCGAAUCUGUGCUGCCUUGCUCCAGAAUUCUGGAGGCCAGUGUCCCACGCCUGCAUGCAAGAGCCCCCUGAAGCCCACUGGCCACUGUUGUGAAAUCUGCG